CACAACAAAAAGAUAGAGAAAAUGAGCUACUUGUUCUCAAUCAUGACAGCUGUCAGUUGCUUGUCUUAUUUCUGAAUUAUGGAAGCGUUUCACAUUCUAAAUCUGACCCCUGGAUUUCCCACUAAGAAGCUAAAUGUUUGUUUUUAUUGUCGUACAUAAGCGCGCUUGGAGCUAUAAUUUCCUGUCUUUUUCUUUUCUUUCUCUUUUUCUUUGCUUCUUUUUCACAUACAUGGCUACUGACAACCUUUGGAACGUUUAUUCUCUUGAUGAUCCAAGUAAAGAAGAACUUGUUCAGCAAUACUUGCUAGAUGCUCAAGCGAAAGACGAUGAAUGGCCAGAAUAUGACAUUCCAGCAAGUGAUGUUGCAUUAAACAAAGAAGCAUUAGAAGCCUUACGAAAAACAAAUCUAGAAGAAAAUACAAAGCAUUAUACAGUCAUUCGAGGAAGAAUUAUUCCUAGCAGACCCGAAUACAAUCAACAUGCUACGGAUAGAUCAAUUAUAGAUAUAUUCGAAGACAAAAGCAGGAGCUUAACAUUUUUCUUAUUGUUAAGUAGUUGCUUGAUCGUUUGGGCAGUGUACCAUAGGCUCCGCUCUAAAUCUCAAUAAGGCAUACCGUCUAUUAAAGAUGAUACCCUGAUUUCUCAUCGUCGAUCUGUAACUCCCUCUUUAAUUUUUUUUAUAACUGUAUGUGUAUUUACUCUCUAUCGUUUUAAUGAACUACGAUAUUUAAUCAUAAAGACCUAGAAAUUUUUUAAUAAAGGAAAGAUUAUUUCCUCUUUCUUAAUCA